CCCAUCUCUUCCCGCUUUAACACGACGCAAAAAUAAUCCUUAUAAAAAAAAGAAGAAGAAGAAAUUAGAAUCCUUUCCCCCGCUUUGCCUCCAAAAAUCAGUCUAUAAAACCCUCCAAAAUCACAAGCGAAAGGCUACUACAGAAAUCAAAUCCUAAUUCCUUUCCCCCUCUUCUUUCAAAACCCUAAUCUCUCUCCCGCUCCUCAGAUCCAAUAUCACCCUCAUCACUCUCCUCCAUGUCCGGCAUCGAAAGUUCGAGCCUUGCGAAGAGUCAUCUCCCCGUUCAAUCUCCUGAGAUCCUUCCCUGUCCGGUCAAUCCUCACUUCAACUUAGGUUCUGAGGAUUUCUCUGGUUUUCGAUGCAUAGUCACUGGCGUCGCUGACAAGGGAAAGGUGCUGGCGCCAUCCGUUAAUCCGUUCAGCUGCGCUCAGCCCGUGAGCAAUGAUUCUAUUAGGAAAAAGGACCGAGCAAUCCUUUUUGAAGCUAAGCCUUUCGAAGGAACAAUAAAAGAAGAGCCGAAGGAAGCAAUUGAUCCAAAAGUUCUUCCUCCUGAGUCAGGAAAAUUGCAUAAUAAAAGGAGAAAACCAACUCCAUAUGGAACUCAAGGUUCUGAAUCAAUGGAUGGAACUACUAUUGGAUUGGGUGCUUCCAGUAGCUGUCGGUAUGACAGUUCCCUAAGUUUGUUGACAAAGAAGUUUCUCAACUUGCUUUUGGAGGCUAGCGAUGGCACUCUUGAUUUGAAUAAAGCAGCACAAGAGUUAGAUGUUCAAAAGAGAAGGAUGUAUGAUAUAACCAAUGUACUUGAAGGGAUAGGCUUAAUUGAGAAGGGUUUGAAGAAUAUGAUACGAUUGAAGGAAACUCACAUGUCAAGACCAAAGGAAGCGGAAGAAUAUAAAGCUCGCUUGAGGGCUGAAAUAGAGGUUUUGCGGAAAGAAGAGCAUAGAGCGGAUAGAUUGAUCAGAGAAAGGAAAGAGCAAAUUGCGGCUUUAACGCAAGAUGAAAACAGCAGAAAAUGGCUUUAUGUCACCAGAGAAGAUAUAAACUCUUUUUCUUGUUUUGAGGAUUCAACUUUGAUUGCAAUUGAAGCUCCACAUGGUACUAUAGUCGAAGUUCCAGAUCCUAAUGAGAGUUUUGAAUUUCCACAACAGCUUUCUAUGGUUUUGAGAAGCUCCAUUGGUCCCAUUCAUUGUUACUUGUUAAGUCAGCAUGAGGAAAGAAUUGGAUCUUUAAAUUCAGACCAACUGACUAAAGGAAUGGAUUUGUGCUCCAAGCAUGAUUGCUUUCCAUUGGAUAGAUUUUCUUCAGAGCCUUCCAAUUUGGGGGAAUCUUUGGGUGGUAUGGUGAAAAUUGAGCCUUCCGAUUUAAAUGGAGAAUCUGAUUAUUGGUUUCUAUCAGAACUUGGAACUAGCCUUGCUGAAAUAUGGCCUGAAUAGCAACAUCAGAUGUUAGAUGGAUUUUUUUUUGGGUGCUAUUCUACAAAGGCAGAAUGAUGGCUGCAGAUGGACCACAAUCUGAUCCCUAGGUAAAAAUGCAAAAAAAAAAAAAAAAAUAAAGAGUUCAAAUUGGCCACCAAAUUAUUUAGAGUGGUUGAUAUUGACUCCAAAUUUUUUUCAUUCUCCAAUUUGAUCCUUGGAUUAAACAAAAUUUGGACUCAUUUGAGUAUCUGAUAUCAUUUGAUAUUGAAAGAAAUUUUUGAGUGCCGCGUAUCCCAGUUUAUUGGUUGUCAUCCACGGUAUAAGACCCCUCCGGUCGGAGAUGCGAAUCCAGUUGGUCUUAAGGAAGUGGUCUUGAAUUGUUAGGCAUAUUAGGGGUGGUUAGAGGCUCGUAUAAUAGUCUCUGACCAUUUUUUCUAAAAAAAAAACUUCAAACUUUUGAUGAGUCGAGGGAUCAAAUUGUGGAUUGAGAAAAUUUUGGUUCAAAAUAAACACCCUCUAAAUAAUGUAGCGGUUGAUG